UUGUAAACAAGCGGCGAUGGCGUCCCCGAAUUCUGGGCCCGUCGGUUCAAAUUCAGGUGGUGUGGCGCCAGAACCAGACCAGAAGUUCGACGUAUUCUAUAAAGACCUUAAAGAGACAGAGAAGAGGGACUCCGUGCUCACCUCCAAACAACAGAUAGACCGCCUGCUGCGGCCUGGCGCCUCCUAUGCCAACCUUAACCCCUUUGAGGUGCUGCAGGUGGAUCCUCGCACACCCAUUGAGGACAUUAAGAAGAAAUUCAGAAGGAUGUCCAUCUUGGUUCACCCUGACAAGAACCAGGAGGAUUCCGAGAGAGCUCAGAAGGCAUUUGACGAGGUGACUAAAGCCUGGAGGUGUCUAGAAAACGAAGGCACACGCCAGAAGUGUUUGGACAUUGUGGAGGAGGCGGAGGCAGUGGUAGCCAAGAGGAUUGAGGAACGUAAGAAGCAGCUGAAAAAGGAAGGCAAGGACUCCCGUGUGGAUGAGGAUGACCCUGAGAAGCUGAAGCGAUCUGUCUAUGUACAGACUAUGAAGCUGUUUGCCGACAUGGAGCGGAAGCGGCGGCAGCAGGAGGUGCGGGACCAGGAGGAGAGGAAAAGAAAGAGAGACCAGGAAAUAGCGGAAGAAGAACAAAAGAAAGCAGAAAAAGAAUGGCAGAAGAAUUUUGAGGAGUCUCGGGUAGAUCGCGUAAACAGCUGGAAAGACUUCCAGAAAGGAAAAUCUGCUAAAAAGUUUAAAGGCUUCAAGCCCCCAAAGCACAAAGCUGAGGCCCGGGACUAGCCAGCAGGUGGCAGUGUGGGCGCCUGCGCCUGCCGGGAGUCGUUCCGUGAGGGUCUCUUUCGUGUCACAGUGAGACGACGCAGUCAGCAUUGGAAUCUUUUCCUUCACUCUUCUGUUUCCCUGUUACCUCUUAUUACAGAGUGCUGAGCUCUAUAAAAUUUUAUUUUUUCUAUUCUUUGCUCUUUUACACAGACAUACUAACUAUGAUAAGUAUAAACCUAAUUAUGGGGUAAGUAUUAAGCAUAGUGAUGACAAUGGCAAUUUUGUAAAGUUUUUAAAUAAUUUACAGUAUUCCUUUUCUUAGGAAGCGAUGUUUAGUGUUUGUUUGUGAGAAUCAUAAGUGAUAUUUAGUGAAGACAAACAGGUAUUUCAUGACUUAAUUCAAGACAGUAAAAUUACAGCAUUGUAAUAUCUUGUGUGAAACGUUACCUCAUUACUGGUAGUUUAUAAUAAAGAAUCAUUUAUACUGAGUCCAGUUUGCCCACCAUUUUUAGAAAUUUAAACAUAAUUGUAUUCACUAGUUGAGAAAUAGGUUGUAGCGUAGUAAGGAGCAAGUGUGUGGGCCGAGGAGCGGCAGUGUUAUGAAGGCCGAAGGUGUGUGGUGCUGGCCGACUGGUGUGUGGGAGCAAGGUGAGCCAAGGCCAGUGUUGUUGUUGUGUCUGGUGAGGAGUGAAGAGUGUCUGUUAGGACAUUGGCAGUGUGGCUGGAUCAGACAGUGGCAGGCAUGAGGGGGGUGAGGUAGUGCUGUGAGACCAGUAGCUGUUGUUAGUGUCUGAUGGAUGGUUAAGCCUAGCAGGCUCUAGUCUCGGACACCCCUGUGGUGAGGUGUGCGGUGUAUGUACAGGAACACAAACACUUUGAAGUUCAUGGCAGUUUAUGAUUGAGGUUAGUUCCUUAGCUCUCACAGUGUACCUCUCAAAACUUUUGUAUUGUAAUUAUCUGAGGUUUUUACUAACUGCAGUAGAAACUGAGGUAAUAUAAAAUAAUAAUUUAUUCUCAUACAA